CAAUCAAGGUGCAGCCCGGGGUGAUCGCGUGCCGGGUGUCAUGGCGGCCUGCAGGCAUUGCUGCUCGUGCCUCCGACUUCGGCCGCUUUGCGAUGGUCCCCUUCGUUUGCCAGGGCGGGAUCGGGUGCUCACCCAGUUGCAGGUGCGAGCACUAUGGGGUGGCGCGAGGUUCCGAGCCGUGGCCGUGGACUUAGGCAGCAGAAAACUAGAAAUAUCCUCUGGAAAACUGGCCAGAUUUGCAGAUGGCUCUGCUGUAGUACAGUCAGGUGACACUGCGGUGAUGGUCACAGCGGUCAGUAAAACAAAACCUUCACUUUCCCAGUUCAUGCCUUUGGUGGUUGACUAUAGACAGAAGGCUGCUGCAGCAGGUAGAAUUCCCACAAACUAUCUCAGAAGAGAGAUUGGAUCUUCUGAUAAAGAAAUUCUUACAAGUCGAGUAAUAGAUCGUUCAAUUAGACCUCUCUUUCCAGCUGGCUACUUUUAUGAUACACAGGUACUUUGUAAUCUGUUAGCAGUAGAUGGUGUUAAUGAACCUGAUGUUUUAGCAAUUAAUGGUGCUUCUGUAGCUCUCUCAUUAUCAGAUAUUCCUUGGAAUGGACCUAUUGGGGCAGUGCGAAUAGGAAUGAUUGAUGGAGAGUGUGUUGUUAACCCAACACGGAAAGAAAUGUCUUCUAGUACUUUAAAUUUGGUGGUUGCUGGAGCACCUAAAAGUCAAAUUGUGAUGAUGGAAGCCUCUGCAGAGAACAUUUUACAACAGGACUUUUGCCAUGCUAUUAAAGUGGGGGUAAAAUAUACCCAACAAAUAAUUCAGGGCAUCCAGCAGUUGGUAAAAGAAAUUGGUAUUACCAAGAGGACACCUCAGAAGUUAUUUACCCCUUCACCAGAGAUUGUGGAACACACUCAUAAACUCGCCAUGGGAAGACUCUAUGCAGUUUUUACUGAUUAUGAACAUGAUAAAAUUUCCAGAGAUGAAGCUGUUAACAAGAUAAGAUUAGAUACAGAGGAACAACUAAAAGAAAAAUUUCCAGAGGCUGAUACAUAUGAAAUAAUAGAAUCCUUCAAUGUUGUUGCAAAGGAAGUUUUUAGAAGUAUUAUUUUGAAUGAAUACAAAAGGUGCGAUGGUCGAGAUUUGACUUCACUUAGGAAUAUAAAUUGUGAGGUAGAUAUGUUUAAAACUCUUCAUGGAUCAGCAUUAUUUCAGAGGGGACAAACACAGGUGCUUUGUACUGUUACAUUUGAUUCAUUAGAAUCCAGUAUGAAGUCAGAUCGAAUUAUAACAGCCAUAAAUGGAAUAAAAGAUAAAAAUUUCAUGCUGCAUUAUGAGUUUCCUCCUUAUGCCACUAAUGAAAUUGGCAAAGUCACUGGUGUGAAUAGAAGAGAACUUGGGCAUGGUGCUCUUGCUGAGAGAGCUUUGUAUCCUGUUAUCCCCAAGGAUUUUCCUUUCACAAUAAGAGUAACAUCUGAAGUCCUAGAGUCAAAUGGAUCAUCUUCAAUGGCAUCUGCAUGUGGUGGAAGUUUAGCAUUAAUGGACGCAGGUGUUCCAAUUUCAUCUGCUGUCGCAGGUGUGGCAAUUGGAUUGGUCACCAAAAACAGUCCUGACAAGGGUGAAAUAGAAGAUUAUCGUUUACUGACAGAUAUUCUGGGAAUUGAAGAUUACAAUGGUGACAUGGAUUUCAAAAUAGCCGGCACCAAUAAGGGAAUAACUGCAUUACAGGCUGAUAUUAAAUUACCUGGAAUACCAAUAAAAAUUGUAAUGGAGGCCAUUCAACAAGCCUCAGUGGCAAAGAAGGAGAUACUACAGAUUAUGAACAAAACCAUUUCAAAACCUCGAGCAUCUAGAAAAGAAAAUGGACCUGUUGUAGAAACUAUUCAGGUUCCAUUAUCAAAACGGGCAAAAUUUGUUGGACCGGGUGGAUAUCAUUUAAAAAAGCUUCAGGCUGAAACAGGAGUAACUGUUAGUCAGGUGGAUGAAGAAACAUUUUCUGUAUUUGCACCAACACCAAGUGCUAUGCAUGAAGCAAGAGACUUCAUUACUGAAAUCUGUAAAGAUGAUGUAAGUAUAGAUCUUAUAAUACUUUUUUCUACAUUUUGUUGCUGUUUAUUCAUCUUAUGGCUUAUUUUGCACUUACAGCAAGAGCAGCAGCUAGAAUUUGGAGCAGUGUAUACCGCCACAAUAACUGAAAUCAGAGACACUGGAGUAAUGGUUAAACUAUAUCCAAAUAUGACUGCAGUACUACUUCAUAACACACAACUUGAUCAACGAAAGAUUAAACAUCCCACCGCCCUCGGAUUAGAAGUUGGCCAAGAAAUUCAGGUGAAAUACUUUGGACGUGAUCCAGCUGAUGGAAGAAUGAGGCUUUCUCGUAAAGUGCUACAAUCUCCAGCUACAACUGUUGUCAAAACUCUAAAUGACAGAAAUAGCAUUGUAAUGGGAGAAUCUAUUUCACAGUCAUCACAUAAUUCCACCCAGUGAUUUUUUUUUUAAAAAGAAUUCUAGAGUGAUAUUCUAUAGAGCAAAAUUUCAGUAGUAUCUUCUAAUGUGUAGAUUUAUAUAUAGUAUAAAUAUAUUCUAAUGAUUUGUAUUAAAGUGCACAUUUUAUGUG